AUGCUGAAAAAACAUGAUCCAACACCCGUAGCGUAUAUUAUUACAGUUCCUGGUUAUGAUCAACGAGUAGCAAGUGUUAUGGAUCUUUUUAAAAAAUACGCUCAUAUGAAUCUUCGACGUUUCGAGGGCAUUCGAUUUUCUCAUCAACUUCAUGGAAAAAACAAGUCUCUGACACUCGGAGAACAGAGUCUACGAGCGACAAUGAUAAUGUUCUACAGCAUGAUGGUUCGUGAAAAUCAUGAAAAAGUAUUCGUGUUUGAAGAUGAUGCGAUUCCACAUCGUAAUUUCAAAGCAUUGUUCAGGGAAUUGCCUCAUCGUUGUGUUGAAGCCGACGUUCUAUUAUUAGGAGCCACUAUAUGGCAUACAAAGCAUACAGAUUGGCCCAGUGGAGCGUGCUUCGAUGCUAGCCGUGCAACAUUUGGUGCAUUUGCUCUCUUGCUUAAAAGAGUAUCCUACCGUCCUAUUCUUCAAUGGUUACAAGCUAAUACGUCGGAACCGUAUGAUCAUGUUUAUCGUCACUUACAACAAAAGAAACUCUCUGUUCGAGUAGCAUUUCCUCCUUUUCUAGUUAUUCCAGAUAUUUCGCAUCCAUCUUUAAUCAAUAAUAAUCGAACUGCUAUACAAUUCGAUGUUAGCAAACGAGCUGAAGUGCAUCUUUGGCACUUGAAAGAUUAUCCAAUGGUUCAAAUACCGACUCAGAUUAUGAAGACCAAUGUAUCGAAGAGGCCAGACUUUCCAGGAAGAUAG